AUGGCUUCUGAUCUGAAGACAGACUCGCCUCCUGAUCUUAGCGAUGAGGCUGGCACCAUCGACACUGAAACUCCUGUCAAUGAAAAGUCACUCCUACGGAAACUGGACGCUAAGUUGCUUCCAGCCGUUGGGGUCCUGUAUUUGUUAUCGUUCUUAGAUCGCAGCAAUGUCGGAAACGCUCGGAUCGAGGGAAUGGUCGAUGACCUCAACAUGACUGGAAAUCAGUACUUGACAGGUCUCACUCUAUACUUUGUGGGAUAUGUGCUUUUCGAGGUUUACCUCAAGGGUUUCCUCAUCGCCAGAUUCUUUCUUGGUGUUACCGAGAGCGGUCUAUUUCCAGGAAUGGGUGGUGUCGUUUGGGAGAAUGGCUGGCGCUGGAUUUUCAUUCUGGAGGGAAUAGCGACCGUUGUGGUGGCCGUGGCAGCAUAUUGGUUCAUCGAGAACUACCCUGAUACUUCAAAAUUUCUCACCAAGGCUGAACGGACCUUCAUCCACGAGCGCUUGGCAGCGGACAGUGAUGCUAUUCGACAGGAAGAGUUCAGCUGGGGAGCAGUCCGUGAGGCGUUGAGCGAUCCCAGUUGCUGGCUCUAUGGUUUAGGUUUCCACACAAUGAGUCUGCCUCUGUAUACUCUAUCCUUGUUCCUGCCCACCAUCAUCAAGGACCUUGGAUACAAAGCAGCCGUUGCACAGCUCUUGACUAUCCCGCCGUAUGCUCUCGCAUUUCUCACGACGUUGGGUGUUGCUAUCAUCUCUGAGAAGCUAGGUCGACGUGCUCUGUUCAUCGCUGGGUCAUCCCUUGUUGCUGCCAUCGGCUACAUCAUCCUCCUCGCCAACACUAAUCCCACAGCUCGACCGGGAGUCUCGUACCUGGGAACCUUCUUUGCUGCCGCCGGUAUAUAUCCUGCAACCGCCCUGGUGCUUUCUUGGCCCGCAAUCAACGUGUCGGGACAGACAAAGAGAGCCAUCGCGAACGCAAUGCAGAUCAGCAUCGGGAAUCUUGGAGCCGUGUUGGGAACACAAUUGUACCGAGCCAACGAUGGCCCUCGAUUCAUCGUUGGACACUCCAUGGCUUUGGGCUAUCUGGUGGCAAACGUUAUUGUUGUGACUUUGCUGGGUUGGCGGCUGAAGAAGCAGAAUGAAAGCCGUGCCGCGGUGGCGGAGGAGAUUAAGCACGUUGGUGAGGUGGAAGACUGGAAGGGUGACUCGGAUGUUAGAUGGAGAUUUGAGUAUUGA